AGUUUCAAAGUUUGGAAUUUGGAUUGACGUAAUAAACGUAGUGCUAUUAUCUCAGAGCAAGUGUAUUAUGUGUUCUCAUGCCUUUUCUCCAUUAAAUAAUGCUCAAAUGCUCAUGCAUGGUUCAUAGACAAUUCUAUAUAAAUAACGCGAUUUGGUUGUGGAAGUUUUUUAAAAUUACCUAAUAAUAUCUUAGAUAUUAUUAGAUUUUGUGUAUUAGAUCAACAGUCAAACGAGACCGGUUAAUGUUAACAAAAAACUAAUUUUUUUUAAGUGUACGUGUUCAAAAUAUAUAUAGAUUGUCAGUGUUGGUUGAAACUACACUACUUUCACUUCAAGUGUCUUGGUAAUAGCAUUCUCGUACUCGAAAUUGAUGGAAGUUUAUAAAAGCUAUUACACGUAGUUGCAAUAGAGCUUAAUAAAACAAGAACCUCAAAAUGAUGCGAGGUAUUCAGAAAGUGUGUAGUCAUAACAGGUGUAUGUUCCUGGAGCCCUAUGCAAGCUCAUUAUUAGUGACUUGCAACUACACAUCCAGUAAGCCAGCUCCGAAUCCCCAAAACCUGCCCAGGCUCCCUGUGCCAAAGCUUGCAGACACACUGCAGAAAUACUUGAAGACUGUAAAACCUCAUUUGAAUGAUGAAGAGUUUGCUGUUACCACAUCUCUUGUUAAAGAUUUCUUGGCUGAAGGAGGCCUGGGGCAAAAGUUACAGGGUUUACUACAAAGCAGAGCCGAGAAGCACAUAAACUGGCUUGAGGAGUGGUGGCUAAACACUGCCUACCUAGAGUAUAGGGACCCAGUGGUGGUCUUCUCUAGUCCUGGUCUAGUGUUCCCCUUUAGGAAGUUUCCUACUCAAGAAGACCAGCUGAAAUAUGCUGCCAAGACCUUGCUAGCUGCUUUGGAAUAUAAGGCUUUGAUUGAUGGCAAUAAAAUACCAACAGAAAUGAUGGGCAAGAGUCCACUGGACAUGGGUCAAUACAAAAAGGUGUUUGGGACUUGCAGAAUACCUGGCGAGAAGAGGGAUAAGUUAUCAUACAACGAAAACAGUAAACACAUAACUGUUAUACAUAAUAAUCAUAUUUUUCACGUAGACAUGUGGGGCGAAGACGGCGUUCUACUAAGCGAGGACCAAAUAAUACAACAGUUGAAGAAAGUAAUCGAACAGUCGUCAACACCAAACGUUAAAGGCGUUGGUAUCCUGACUUCAGAUAACCGCGACAACUGGGCAAAGGCGUAUCAACAGCUUAUAAAAGAUAAUGUAAACAAGCAAUCUCUAGAAGAUGUAGAGAGAAGCAUAGUAGUGCUUUGUUUAGAUGCCGCAGUUGGCUUGUGGGAAUGUCCGAAUAAGGAUGCCCGGCAGAACUUAGCUGCAGCUCAAACUAUACACGGCUCUGGCCCGGGAUGUAAUGGUGGCAAUCGAUGGUUCGAUAAGACUGUUCAGUUCAUUGUAGGCGCUGAUGGGCUGACCGGUUUGACGUAUGAACAUUCGCCUGCCGAGGGUCAGCCCAUUGCAGUCAUGGUCGACUACAUAAUCAAUUACUUGGACCAAAAUAAGACAAAACCAAACGGUCCAUCGGCGAAACCGAAACCGCCAGUCAAGCUGGAGUUUGUGGUGAACUCUGAAGUGGAUGGAAUGAUUAAAACUGCUCAGAACAACUUAGACAAACUCGCCAGUGAUUUAGAACUGAAUUGCUUUACGUACGAUAAGUAUGGCAAAAAUUUCAUUAAGUCGCAGAAACUGAGUCCGGACAGUUAUUUGCAGAUGGCUAUGCAGUAUGCUUUCUACAGACUAUACAAAACACCAGGAGCUCACUACGAAUCGGCAGCAACGCGGAUGUAUGCGGGAGGCCGCACUGAGACAAUUCGCUCCUGCUCUAUCGAGUCGAUCGAAUUCGCUAAAGCUAUGCUCGACUCCAAUGUGCCGCCCAAGGAGAAAAUGGCUGCUUUGAAAAAAGCUAUUAAUGCUCAUAAAGAUUACACUGUGCAGGCUCUGCAAGGGUUCGGUGUCGAUAGACAUUUGCUCGGCUUGAAAUUGACUGCAAUCGAGAAUGGUAUCGAAAUUCCUAAGCUGUACACUGAUGAUGGGUUUAAGAAGAGUGCUCAUAUGAGAAUUUCUACUAGUCAAGUUGCAUGUAAAUGCGACGCCUUCAUGUGUUACGGGCCUCUAGUCUCUAACGGCUAUGCGACAUGCUAUAAUCCACGUAACGAUGACGUCAAUUUCGCCACCUCAGCCUUCGUUUCCAACCCUGAAACCAGCUGCGUUAAGUACAGGAGCGCGCUGGAGGAAGCCUUAAAGGAUAUGCACGAUGUUAUUUUGCAUAGCACUCCUUCUAAACUUUAAGAAAUGUUUUGUUAUUUUGUGUAAGCCAUCACAUGUCAAGGACAGAAUCAAUCUCAUUUGUCUGACUCCAGUUGAAGAGGUUAAAAUAAAUGGAAAACUGCCAAUAGCAUACACUGUACAAACGUUUAUUUAACACGUUGAUACAAUAUAAAAUACGAUAUUUAGCUACAAUAAUUAAGGAUAUGAAAUUUACAAAUAAUUCUUAAAAUGUUGUAAAAUAAAUAUAAUUCUGUAUAACCACUGCCCCUGGUCCUAUGAGGCUACCUUGAUCGUUAUCUUUGGCUGUGCAC